AUGGCCGGGUCUCUCUCUUCCCCAUUCUUAUUGCUUUCCUUUUUUUUCUCUCUCCCUCUCUGGGUUAUACUCUCUACCUUUCCAUCUUUUCUCUGUCGUUUUUUUAUUGUUUCGAUCUUUCAUACUUCUCUUUCUAUCAUUUUUUUUGUUCAUUCUUUCUUUCGUUUGCUCUUUUUUUAUUUCUCUCUUUCCACUCUUUCUGUGUUUCUUUGCUGUUUUUCUGUUGCUAUUUUUAAAACUUCUCCUUUCCUUCUUUCCUUCUGUGUAUUGUAUUUCUUCUCAUUCAUUUUUCUUUUCUUUCUUUCUAUUCUUGUCUUUGAUUCUGAUCUCAGUUUAGAAAUUCCAUGCAAUUUUUACUCUCUCUCUCUCUUUUUCUCUCUAAACUUUUCUCUCCUUCUGACUCAUUUACUCGCUAACACAUUGAAUCAAUCUUUAUCUUUUUUUCUAUCUCUUUCUUUCUUUUGUUUUAUUGUUGGAAUUAAUGCCACAGCCAAUUCCCAAGUCUGUAUGAAAAACGUCGGGUGUUUAUUCGGCAUCGGCCAAUCUAUUCGCAUGAAUAUUUUUGAUGUUCGACAGCAUAGUCUUCGACAGAUCAGUGUGAUCAUUGCAAUGGCGGCAUUUGUGUCCAACGGUGAAGAAGUUUAA